CAACCGAAACGCACCGCCGCGCAAGCUUGCAUUUCACUAUUAAAAUCCCUAUUAACCCCUUCAACGCACUAACUCCUUUCAUCAUUUCUCACUUCCUUCUGAAAAAUUUCUAAAGCUUCAAAAGGACCUUGUCAAGUUUCAGAUCGAUCAUGGCGGCAAGGAAGAAGAGCGUAGGGGAUCUUAAGGAGGCUGAUCUGAAGGGAAAGAGGGUUUUGGUCAGAGUCGAUCUCAACGUUCCGUUGGAUGAGAAUCAGAAGAUCACGGAUGAUACUCGGGUUAGAGCUGCGGUACCCACCAUCAAGUAUCUGAUGGGGUAUGGGGCCAAGGUCAUUCUUAGCAGUCAUCUGGGACGCCCAAAAGGUGUUACACCAAAGUACAGCUUGAGGCCUCUUGUGCCUAGGCUAUCUGAACUCCUUGGCAUCGAGGUCGAGAUGGCCGAUGACUGCAUUGGCGAGGGAGUUGAAAAGUUGGUGACUGCAUUGCCAGAAGGAGGUGUUCUACUUCUUGAAAAUGUAAGGUUUUACAAGGAAGAAGAGAAGAAUGAUCCGGAGUUUGCGAAGAAGCUAGCUUCACUUGCAGACCUCUAUGUGAAUGAUGCAUUUGGCACGGCACACAGAGCACAUGCUUCAACCGAGGGAGUUACCAAGUUCUUGAAGCCUGCUGUUGCUGGCUUCCUUAUGCAGAAGGAACUCGACUAUCUUGUCGGAGCCAUUUCAAAUCCCAAGAGGCCAUUUGCUGCUAUUGUAGGUGGCUCGAAGGUUUCAUCCAAGAUUGGGGUGAUGGAGUCCCUGUUGGAAAAAGUUGAUAUCCUUCUUCUAGGUGGAGGAAUGAUCUUCACGUUUUACAAGGCACAGGGACACUCAGUUGGGUCUUCUCUUGUGGAGGAAGACAAGCUUGACCUUGCAGAUUCUCUUCUUGAGAAAGCUAAGGCCAAAGGGGUGUCUCUCUUGUUGCCUGUUGAUGUGGUUGUAGCUGACAAGUUUGCUGCAGAUGCGAACAGCAAGGUUGUACCUGCAUCUAAUAUCCCUGAUGGUUGGAUGGGACUGGACAUUGGGCCUGAUGCCAUCAACACAUUCUGCCAAUCUUUGGAGUCCACCAAAACUGUGAUCUGGAACGGACCUAUGGGGGUGUUUGAGUUUGAGAAGUUUGCAGUCGGAACAGAGGCGAUUGCAAAGAAGUUGGCAGACCUCAGUGGUAAAGGGGUGACAACCAUCAUAGGAGGCGGUGAUUCUGUUGCUGCUGUGGAGAAAGCAGGGCUUGCCGACAAGAUGAGCCACAUCUCGACUGGUGGUGGAGCCAGCUUGGAGCUGUUGGAAGGGAAAUCGCUUCCUGGAGUUCUUGCCCUUGAUGAUGCCUAGCUUGCUUCUUGCUAAGGCAAGUUUUGUUUCUUUUCUUCUUGGAUGCUCCCAUUAGUAAUGAAUGAUAUGCUUUCCUUAUAUUUUGAGAGAGAGAGAGAGAGAGAGAGAGAGAGAAUAUCCUGUGUAGAGUUUUGUGGGAUGUUGUGUUCAAUAAGAGUUUGGACUCUUCUUCUCAGGCACCAGUGAGUUGCUCGGGAGUUACCUUUCUUAACAGACUAAUGUUGUCAAUAAUGCUUUAUCUGUAGUCUGUUCAUUUAUCUACAGCAGAUUAGUAGAACAUGAAUAUUUGCACC